AUGAGCUUGACUUCCAGAAUUACUGGUGGUACUGGCUCAGGCGUCAACCACAAUGUUGCAAAUCCAGCUCCAAAAUUAUCUGGGAAUCUUCCUCCUACUCAAGAUCCAGCUCCCGUGGUUAACCAUUCAAGCUCCACACGAUGUUCCAGUGGGGCCUUGAUGAGUUUAUUAAACAGUGGAUUGUCUGUUCCUCGUCAAAUGAUGGUUCAGGCACGCGGUGCACAAGAUAAUCAGCAUAUUCCUAUACAUUUGAGCUUUGUGGGAACUAUUGGACAGGGGACAUUUGGACAAAUUGAGAGGGCUACUCUCACUGUCCCAGCAACAUCUUCAGGCACACCAGGCAAAAAGAAUUCCGAUGCCGGUGCUUUUUCUGAUGGGGGACAAAGUUUGCAAGUCGCCGUUAAGCGUGUCUUGCAGGACCCUCGCUACAAAAACCGUGAGCUGAGUAUUAUGCAACGCCUUAACAACCAUCCUAAUGUUGUGAAGUUCUACUACUACUAUUACUCGACAGCGUCGUCAAAUAGUCGGGGCCAUAGGAGUGGUGGUGGACGAGCAGGCGCAUCUACAUCGGGUGUAGAUGUGUUCUUACAUCUUGUACUGGAAUGUUUCCCCGAGAGCUUAUGUGAACUUAUCUACCGCUAUUCCCAAAGAAACCUGAAAAUACCAGCUUGUACAGUGAAGGUUUUUACGUAUCAGAUGCUCAAGUCCCUGGCUUACUUACAUAGCCAUCAAAUAUGUCACCGUGAUAUCAAGUCGUCCAAUUUACUAGUGAAUGAAGAUACUAUGGUUUUGAAAGUGUGUGACUUUGGAAGUGCUAAAGAAAUGGUGCCGGGAACUGCUAAUGUAUCUUAUAUAUCCUCUCGGUAUUAUCGUGCUCCGGAGUUAUUAUUUGGAGCUCAAUAUUAUUCUUGUGCGAUUGAUACUUGGAGUGGGGGGUGUGUACUGGCUGAAAUGUUACGUCAGCAUUGUUUGUUCAUGGGAGCUGAUUCAGUAGAUCAACUGGUUAAAGUUAUUCGCGUUUUAGGCACUCCUACUCCACAAGAUAUUUCCAGUAUGAAUCCAAUGUAUGGAUCUUACAGUUUCCCAGAUGUUCAAUCCUGCCCUGUAAAACUGUUUUUCCCACAACAUACUCCAGCCGAUUUAUUGGCUCUAAUGAGCAAAAUGCUUGUUUAUAAUCCAUCACUGAGAAUUUUACCAUCUCAAGCUCUUUCCGAACCAUGUUUUGAUGAACUUCGUUCUAUCGGUCCAAAUGGAGUACUUUCGAACAGAGUUCGUAUGCCUCCACAUAUCUUUGAUCCUGAUCCCGAACCUAAUCCUCCUACAUCAGUAACAGAUGGGACAAAUUUAUCAGCGUAUAACAAUUGGUUGCCAGAACAUCAUAAGCAUGGCUCAUCCAAUAAGAAACCGACCACCAGUGUGGGUGAUUUGCAAGGUUCCGAUAAGAAAAACUGUAAACCACCAUCAAAUUCUCGAGAAAUUCCUGCUGACUGGCAGCGAAAAGGUCGAGCUAUCGGAUCUAAUAAUUCAUCAGAAAAAUGUGGGUCGGUUAUUGCUGGUGGUGGUAGUCAUCCAAACCUGGAAUCAAAAUCUGACGAAUUAACCGGGAACAGUAAUGGUGUAAAUAAUGAUGCUUCGAGUAGACAACAACAACACAAUCGAACUAUUAAUGAGAAUAAUCUUAAAAGUCCAAUCGAUACAACAAAAGCUGGGACGGCGACAACAGGUGAUGUUGGUCAUCCAAGUCAAAUAGAAAAUCCCGAUGUUUGUUGCAAUGAUAAUGAAAACAAUAUUAAUAAUAAUAAUAAUAGCAUUACUACAAACGUACACUUAAAAUCAUUUGUGCCUCCUACUCAUCCCAACUCUUCUGAACAACGGACAAAUUUAAGUGAAGUACACUAG